CCCACUGAAGCGAAUCUGAAUCGUCCACGCGUCAAAAAACAUUUUUUUUACAGUGACACACUGGCUGAAAGAAAGACUGAAGGUCUACAACAUGAGCUUUAGGUAAAGCUGCACGAUUUGAAGACCUUAGCCUCAGUCCACAUUAGACAACAUUAGCCUGACCAGCAAAAAAUGAAGCUGGUCAAGCAGCAGAUCGCCAAAGACGGCUCCGGCACCGUCACUCUGAUUCCCGAGGAGCCUGAAGAUAUGUGGCACGCCUACAACCUAAUACAGCCCACCGACCUUCUCCGCGCCUCCGCUGUUCGACGAUUGACGAGCACGUCGGAAGCGGGCAGCACGAGAUCCGAACGGGUGCACACGACGCUCACCAUCAAGGUCACAAAAUUGGACUUCGACGCCGCAGACUCUAAGUUGCAGGUUGCCGGCAAAGUAGCUGAGGCGAAUCAAUUCGUUUCGCUAGGCAGCUUCCACACGCUGGAUCUCGAGCUCAACAGGCAGUUCACCCUUGCCAAAGGCGAAGGAUGGGACAGCGUAGCGCUUCAGCAGCUCAAGGAGGCGAUAGACAGCGGCAAGCAGAGGGCCAUGCUGUGGGCGAUCAUGAUGCAGGAAGGCAUGGCCAACAUCUGCUACGUGACCGAGUACCAGACCAAGAUCGUCCAGCACGUGUCCAGUCCGAUACCGAAGAAGCGAUCGAUCGGGGGCGACUACGAAAAGGGCGUCAAAAGGUUCUACACGCUCGUCUUCGAGACGAUGAGCAGGCACAUGGAGCUGAGCACGACGCCGCCCGAGAACCUGCCGGCGGUGCUACUGGCCAGUCCCGGGUUCACGGCGCAGAAUUUCUACCAGUUCGUCAAGGAGGAGGCGGCGAGGACCAACAGCAAGAGCGUGGGCGCGCUGGUGAAGAAGAUGACGAUCACGCACGCGAGCUCGGCGAACCUGGCGGCGCUCGCCGAGGUCAUGAAGAGCCCGGCCGUCGCGUCGCAGCUGCGCGACACCAAGUUCGCGAGGGAGACCCAGCUGCUGGACGAGUUCUACGCGUCCCUGCGGCGGGACGACGGAAAGGCGUGGUACGGGCCGAAGGAGGUGCUCCAGUGCGUCGAGAAGGGCGCCGUCGGACGCGGCGGUGGGGUCCUCCUGAUCAGCAACAAUCUGUUCCGCAAUCAGAACGUGGAGGAGAGGAAGAAGUGGGUGGCCCUGGUGGACAGGGUGAGAGACGUCGAGGGGGGAGAGGUCAGGGUGCUCAGCGAGGCUCAUGAGAGCGGCAAGCGGCUGGAGGCGCUGGGUGGUAUCGCGGCUCUGUUGAGCUAUCCAAUCUUUGAUCUCGACGACGAGGAGGAGGAGGGUCAGGAGGGAGAGAAAAAGGACGACGCUGGUGAGUGAGUGUCAAAUUGACGAGUCGAAGUGGCUCGACAUGCUUGCAUUCGACGUCGUUCAGAAAGUAAGCAUGAGUCGAGACCAAUUAUGAUAAGAGGGAUGGGAAAAAAAAGCGGGAGCGAAUCUCGUUAUGAAACGUUUUUGGUUAUAUCUAUUCGUGACGCAGAACACGUUUGGGGAAAAAAAAAUGCAACAAGCUACGAAAGAUGAGCGUAUCUAUUGCAUGGAUCUUGCGUUCUCGCAGGUUGAGAACCGCGUGGGACAAGAGAGAGAACUCGAGAUGGACGUGAAGUAGAGGAUAGACGAUGUUACCAGGCAUACAACGGUUUGUUUGGCUGUGUCACAUCUCGAACUGUGCAGAUUUCAAGUACGUUGCCGUAUUUCCCGUCUCUACUAACG